AUGGGGUGCCAUGAGAAGAACAAGGUUGCCUAUGCCGCUUACUUGCUGUGUGGGGAAGCUAAGGACUGGUGGAGGUUUGUCGGUCAGACCCUGCCACAAGAAGAUGGCUAUAUCCAAUGGGAAAUGUUCAAGACCAUCUUCCUGGGGAACUACUUUUCUUGGGACCUAAGGAAGCAGAAAGCUAGGGAGUUCCUUGAACUGAAGCAAGGAAGUAUGACUGUGGGAGAAUAUGCAGAGGAUCUGUGUGCUCAGUUUGAGCAUAGAUUAAGGUCGAACAUCCGAGCUGCGUUUCAUACCAUGGAUGGUCGUCAGUUACCCCCACCUCAUGGAUGCAACGUGUGUGGUCACGAGUCGCUCGACAAAGGUAUUGGUCAGAAGUCUAGUCAGGAGAAGAGUGUGCGGCCGGUGGUGCACUCGCGCUCACUCAUAGAUACUUAUGUGGUGGAAGGACCCAUGAUUGAUGAAGACUUAAUAUACCUCAUCAACUUUAAUCAAGAUAAUGAAAAACUUGUGGCUAUGGUUAAGAGGGAAACUAAAGAGGAUGUUGAGGCUAAAAAAGAUGCAUAA